AUGGUCGAUAGUGAAAUUCAACGUGGAAAAAAGACACCUGUAAAUAGUGAAAAUCUCGAACUUUUUUUAGCUGAAGAAUUCAGAAAUAUUGAUAUUAAUGUUACAAAAAAUUAUGCGAUUUCUAUGAAAAAACGAAGUUUAUUUCUUAUUGAUUAAUCAUUUGAUGCAGAUGUUGUUGAAGACGUAAAACAGAUAUUUUUCGCAGCUACUGGAGAAACAUUAACAAUUGAUUUAAUCGGAAAUCGUGGUGGUCACAGUUAUUUAGCUUACGGUUUAUUAAAUUAUUUAGUUCCAGAAUAUUCCUCACUUCGUCUCGUAUAUGAACCAAUGGAUGGUAGAACAACAAAACCGUUACAAACAUUUGCAACAACUUUUAGUUUCUUUUCAGAUUCAAUAUUAGAUCUUCGAAACUUUUCAUCAUUUACUAAUAUGGAAUGCAUGGAACCUUAUAUUAAUUAUGCAAGACAAUAUUGGAUUAAAAACGGAACUAAUACGAAACAUUUUGAAUCAAUUUAUGUUUUAACCAACGGUAGUUGCGAUAGUGCUUGUAGUUUAUUUUUGUCAAAAUUAAAAUAUGCUUCAGACUUUAAAAAGAUUUAUGGUAUUCGUGGAGGAUAUUAUAAUGAUGAUGAUCAAUUUGAAAGUUCAAGCUAUGCUGAUAGUGGAGCAUUUAAAUGGAAUGAAAUUGUUCAAUAUCAUAAUCAAAUUAAUAGUGAUAGCUCAUCUAUUGAUUACUUACCAACAAGUGCUUAUUUAAAUUUAAAUGUCUUUCAACUAUAUAUUAAUGCAUUAAAUCGAGAUUAUCCAAGAGAAUUUUUAAAACAGUCAAUUGAUAGAAGAUUAAGUAGUGGGGAUUAUUUUAAUAUUGAUCAAUCACUGGAAAAAGUAAUAUAUGAUGAUAUUCAAUCGAACGGAAAUAAGCUUGUUGUUCAUAGUCUAAUUAAAAUCACCAUUUUUAAUUUAUUCGUAAUAAUAUUUCUUAUAAAUUGUAACAAAUAA